GGGAUUUGUUUGCAUAUAAAACAAGAGAGGCUACUCUUCCUGACACUGUAUAGAUCUAGACCUAGAUUACUUUACUUUAGUCAUUAGUGAAAGCAUGUCAAUAAAUGAAUAAUAAAAUAAAUAUUGAUGUCAAUGUGAAUAAAAUGUGGAAAGCUGAAGAAGAUUUUCCCCGUGGCAAGACGCCAAUCAAGAAAAAUGUUCAAGGAUUAAUUGAAUCUAAGUCUAAAGAGCCAAAGUUUGAGAAAUCUCCCAAGGAAUCAGUUGGUGAAAUUAAAAAGCCACAAAAGAGAAAGAGUCUACAUAUUUCAAGUCAACCGACAAAAAAGCGCAGAAUAAGUGGAAACCAAAAAGUGUUCAAAACACCUUUACAGGAUGAUAUUUGUACAGGCCUUCGUGUUUUGGGAUGUGUCAGGCAUGUCUUUGAUCAUUCAAUAUCUGUGUCAUUACCUGGCAAUGUUGUGGGCACUUUGCCCAUUACAGAACUGUCUGAAUGUUACACACAACAUCUAAAAACACUUGUAGACAGUGAAGAGAACCAUGAAUCAGAGGACAUCAAAUCACUUGAUGAACUUUUUAAACCAGGCAUGUUGAUUCCUGUGCACAUUGAGAGGAUUGAUGAAAAACAAGAUCAGAAAGCCAAAAAGAUUAUAUUAUCUAACAAUCCAUGUAAACUUAAUUCAACUAUAUCUGUGAAGUCACUGGCAGAUGGAAUGUUGCUGUUUGGUAGUGUCUCUAGUGUUGAAGAUCAUGGCUACAGUGUAGAUUUGGGAAUCAAAGGAUUAAAGGUAUUUCUUCCAAGCAAUAAUGCUGAAGCUUUUAUAAAGACUUGUAAUUGUGGAUCUCCUUUGAGUGUUGGUCAGCCAUUGUGGUGUGUAACUCAAUUGAAAGAUAAAGUCAAAUUUUUAGAAGGAGAAAAUCGUGUCCUUACUGUUACUAUAGAUCCGUUAGCAGUACAGUCUUCAGCACUGACAGAUACCAGUAAUUUGAACUGUUUUUUGCCUGGAAUGAAUUUCAAAGGAAUAAUCCAAAGUGUUUUUGAUGGAGGGUUGGUUGUGAACGUGUUAACAUUUCCAGGCCAUGUUCAUAUCACUCAUCUGUGGAAACAUCCAAACCUUUUCUCUGUAGGCCAGCAGGUCAGCCUGAAGCUUUUGUACAUUGAUGUAAACACUAAAACACUACAUUUGACAGCACUCCCUAAACAUGUUCAGUUUGAUGGUAGACCUAUUAAGUUUUUUGGAGAUUUGCAAAUCGGUACUAUCUGUGAAGCUAAGGUUGCUUGGACUCAGAAUAAAAAAGGUGUUAUGUUUCAUUUGCCCAACAAAAUAACAGGCUUUGCUGCUAUGAGCCAGUUGAGUGAUGUCAAUAAAGAGUUUCCUGAUCUUCAGAAAUAUACUCCUAACUCAACUCACAAGUGUCGAAUUCUUGGAUUUAAUUUCAUGGAUGGACUGGCUCUUAUCACUCUGAAAAAACGUAUUCUACAGAUGAAAUUUGUCAGAAUAAAUGAAAUUUCUGUUGGCGAACUAUUAGAAGUCAUUGUGAAAGAUGUGACUGCUAAUGGAAUCCUUGUCAAACUGGCCAAGUCUAUCUUCUCUUUCAUCACUUGUCUACAUUUGGCUGAUGUGCCCAUUAAAAAACCUGAAAAGAAAUUUACCCCAGGAAUGAAAUUAAAAUGUAGAGUCCUUGGUGUUGAUGUUGAAAAGAAUAAAGUAUUUUUAACUCACAAACGGUCCUUAGUGAAGUUGAAGAACCCAGUUACAGAGUAUAGCCAGUUGAGACCUCAGAUGGAAUUGGAAGGUUAUAUCAGUGCUAUUAAAGAAAGAGUUGUAAUUGUGACAUUCUUUAAUAAUGUUAAAGGUUAUGUUACUUUAAAGGAUAUGAGCAAAGAGAAGGUGGAGAGUCCUGACAGUCUCUUUUAUGUUGGACAAGUCAUUAGAUGUCGGGUUGUCUUCUUCAAUGCUGUAGAAAAGAAGUUGAAACUCUCUUUUAAUUUAGGGGAUGAAUCUGUGACUAGUCCUAGAAAAUGUUUAGAACCUUUGGAUAUUUCUAUCAGAAAGAUCAGUGAAGCUGUCAUUUUAUCUGUAGAUAGUAUUGGUUAUACUCUUGGUAUCCAAAACAAGAGAAAAGCAUUCCUACCAUUCUAUCACUUGUCUGAUUUCCAUGAAGUACAAGAACUCAGAAAAAUGGCAUUUAAGCCUGGUCACAAACUUCAGGGAUUGACAUUCUUUAAACAGAAAGAGAAAAUUAUAUUGACAAUGAAAGAAUCCUUUGUCUCAGCAGCUGACACCAAUAAUUGGAUAGAAACAUUUGAAGACUUGAAGAGUGGAAUGUUGCUGCCAGCUGUCAUUAAAAACCAUCAAGAUUAUGGAAUGUUUUUGGAAAUAGUCAACGGUUUUACUGGGCUGUGUCCAACUAAGACUCUAAGUUAUCUUCAGCCAUCAAACUUACAAGAGCUUUUUAAACCUGGUCAAUCUGUGAUGACAAGACUCGCUAAGAUUGAUACUGAAAAACAGAGAUUCCUAGGCAGUGUACAUAUUAAGGAGUGCUGUGAAAGUGGAGUUGAUUCAUCUCUAAGUACGCUCAGGAGUUAUCUUCUCUCUAGGACAAAGGCUCACCUUCAGCUUUUUAAUGAACAUGAUGAACUAGCUGUAUAUAAAGAUCUGAAAGUUGGUGACCUUGUUGAAGUGGUGGUUAAUUCUGUGCUUAAAAAAGGCAUUCUUUGUGACACAACAGCUGGUGCUAAAGGACUUGUUACAAAAGAUCAUUUUGGAGAUUUACAACCCAAAGUUGGCAAAUGUUACCAAGGAGUUAUUCUCUUUAUUGACCUACUUACACCUUGCAUUGAAGUAACUUUAGACUCCAAAGUUGUUCAAGCUGUCAAAUCAUUCAAAGAAACUGAUAAAACUAAGCUGAAGACCAAUCAAAUCUUGAAGGCUAACAUUUUGUUGAUGAAGCCAGAGUUCAUGUUGAUGGGGUUAAAAGGUCAUGGUAGUGGAAAGUUUGUCUAUGUACCAGUCAAACAACAUCUGAAUGAUGUCAACUUGAAAUCUUUCAAGAUAGGAUCUUAUACUGAGGUUGUCAUUAAAGACUGCAUUGAAGGAUUGCAAUUGGCAGUUUUUAAGAUGUAUGACUUGGAAGUAAAUUCAUUAACUCCAGACAAGUAUCAGCCAGCAGAUAUAACCAAUCAAAACACUUUGAUGGGCAUUGUCAUGGAAGCCAAGAUUAGAUCAAUUCAUGCCUUACAAAUAAAUGUCAUGGUCAACAAAUUUCAUGGACGCAUCCAUAUUACAGAGAUUUGUGAUAGUGUUGAAAAUGGAGAAAAUCCAUUGAAAAGAUUUCAUCCUGAACAAAUUGUGAAAGUUAAAGUAAUUGGUUUUAGAGAUUUAAUAACUCACCAAUACCUUCCAAUAACUCGACCUGUUGACAAACAUGUUUUGUUGGAAUGUACUGCCAAGGAAAGUAAGAUGCAGCUUCAGCUAGCAAGCUGUCAGAGUCCACAAACUGAGCUGAAAGAAGGAGAUGCGCUGUGUGUGUAUGUCAACAAGGUCAGCCAUGAUAAAGUCUGGGUUCAAGUGAAUCUGAGUCAGCAAGGCUACAUUGACUACUUUCAUCUCUCACGGGAUACAGAUGUCCUGAAUACUGCCACUAGCCACUUUCUACCUGGGCAGGGCUACCAUGCUACAGUCCUAAAGAUAGAUUCUGACAAUAGGAUUGUCCUUUCACUUAUUGGCAGUGAAAUCCAAUUAAUUGAAAAUGAAGGAGUGAUUGCUUUGAUCACAUGCAUCAAGCAGGGCAAACGUCUCCUUGUGAAGUUACCAUGUGGUAGACUUGGUGUAGUCAACCAAAAGCCUUCAGUGUUACAUUAUGUAGGGCAAUAUAUACGAUGUAGACUGGAGUCUUUAACAAAGGACUCUGACAGAUGUGAACUCUCAUUACUGGAUGACAGUGCCAUGCCACCAAGAAAAGUGAGAAAAAGAAAAGAAUUAACCCAGACUCCAACUACAGAAGUCAAGAAACCAAAAAAGAAAGUUUCAAAAAAGAAAAGUGAAAACAUUCACACCAUUGAAAAGGAUGAGAAUGUUUCAGACAAUGAAUGCUCAAAGGCAUUGCCAGUUAGUGUACCUCGACUGGCAAUUGAAGGGUUUUCAUGGAAAGGGGAAGUAAUGCCACAUCAAAGCCAUCCUUCUCACAAUCAGGAGAGUGAUGAUGAAACAGAAACUACAAAAAGUGAAUCUCUUGAGAUUAAAAAGAAAAGAAAACAUGCAGAGGAGCUCAAAAUACAAGAACAUGAAUUAGAUCAACUCAAAGACAUUACUCAUGUCCAAAGUUCUUCAGACUUUGAAAAGCUAGUUCUUCAGUCCCCUAAUAGCUCUGUAGUUUGGAUUGCUUAUAUGACUUACCACAUUGAGUUGGGAGAGAUAGAGAAGGCAAGACUUGUAGCAGAGAGAGCUAUCAACACUAUUUUAUUUAGAGAAGAACAAGAAAAAAUGAAUGUUUGGAUGGCUUACUUGAACAUGGAGACAACAUAUGGUGACCCAGCAGAUGUGAAGAAAUUAUUAGAUCGGGCAGCUUCUUGCAAUAAUCCUUUGGAUAUGUAUCUGAAAAUGUGUGACAUCUAUGUUGCCAAUGAGAAAACUUCAGAAGCUGAGGAGUUGUUUAAAGUUAUGACUCAUAAAUAUAAACAUGAAAAGUUACUUUGGAAAUCUUAUGGUCACUUUCUUUUUAAGUCUGGAAAGGUGGACAUUGCAAGAAGUGUGUUGCAACGUGCAAUUCAUGUUUUAGAUAAACGUGAUCAUGUCGAAGUGAUCAUCAAAUUUGCAACUCUUGAAUUUUCUCAUGGUGAUAUUGAAAGAGGCUGUACAAUCUUUGAAAAUUUAAUAGCCAGCUACCCAGGGCGAACUGACCUAUGGUCGGUGUAUGUAGAUAUGAUGGUCAAAAGUGGAGAUAUUGCUGGUGCUCGACAUUUGUUAGAAAGAGCUGUUAAACAGAAGUUCAAUGCUAAGAAACUCUCUUUCCUACUACAGAAAUUUAAGAGAUUUGAGGAGACCCAUGGCACAGAAGAACAGGUGGAAAAAGUCAAAGAAUUGGCAUCUAGUGUAUUGAAUUAGUUUAAUGUCAUUGCAUAAAUAAAAUUAUUUUCUUAAUGUA